GGGAAGAACAGCAUGAGAACAGGGAGCGGUCAGACUCCAUUUUCACCUGGACGAGCAGAAGGAAGGAAAGUGAGCAGAAUCAUACGUUACAGCAGUGGUCACCAACCAGUCCAGAGUCUUCACUGUGGAUCCCAGUAAAGCUCUGGACUCACUGGCUGAGGUGUGAGGAACAUCGACCUGCAGAGAUAAACAUUGAAACUGGUGUGAAAGAUCAUUUCACUGUGUUCUGCUGUAAACUGAGCGCAGAACCAGAAGGAAAUAGACCAGACCUUGAAUAUCUAGAAGAGCAGCGUGGCCUGAACCACAACUGAGCCGCAGCCGGUGCAACAUGGACGAGGACACUUCAGAGCAAGUUGGACCCUCAACCACAAAAGGUCAGGACCACAGACUGAGAGCAGAGUCUCCAGGGUCCAGCUGUCUGUCUCUGAAGAGUGACUGGUCCAUGGACACUCCUCUAAACUUCAGUAAUGAACCUGGACCCUCACACACAGAGGAGAGGAAGAGGAGUCAUGUUUCUGAGGAGGAGCAGUCGUCCUGCUGUGCUUCGUGUCAGGACGUCCUGAAGGAUCCAGUCUCCACCAGCUGUGGACACUGGUUCUGCAGACGGUGCAUCACCUCAUACUGGGACCAGUCUGGUUCUUCAGGAGACUCCUCCUGUCCCCAGUGUGGACAAAGAUCCAGACCAGGAGCUGGAGCAGAUCGUGGUCUGCAGGAGGUUUCAGAUGAACAUAAGCUCAGUGUGAGGAGGAGAUGUGAACAUGUGACUGAAGGAAGUGAUGAAACAGGAAGUAGAACCCUCCUCAACAGGAUCUACACUGAGCUCCACAUCACAGAGGGACAGAGUGAAGAGGUUAAUACUCAACAUGAGGUGAGGCAGCUUGAGACGGCUUCCAAGAAGAAGAUCCUCCAGGACACUCCCAUCAAGGUCCACGACAUCUUUAAAGCCUCCACUGACCAGCAGAGCAGCAUCAGAGUCGUCCUGACCAACGGAGUCGCUGGCGUUGGAAAAACCUUCUCGGUGCAGAAGUUCACUCUGGACUGGGCAGAGGGUUUAGAGAACCAGGAUGUGGGUCUGCUAGCUGUGCUUUCGUUCAGGGAGCUGAACCUGGUGAAGGACCAGCAGCACAGUCUUCUCACGCUGCUCCAUGUUUUCCAUCCAGAGUUACAGAAGCUCACUGCAGAGACGCUCGCUGUCUGUAAACCUUUGUUCAUCUUUGACGGCCUGGAUGAAAGCAGACCUUCUCUGGACUUCAACCACAGGGAGCUUGUGUCUGAGGUCACACAGAGGUCAUCAGUCAACGUGCUGCUGACAAACCUCAUCCGGGGGAAUCUGCUUCCCUCGGCUCUCGUCUGGAUAACCUCCAGACCCGCGGCGGCCAAUCAGAUCCCUCCUUCAUGUGUUGACAGGGUCACAGAAGUACGAGGCUUCACUGAGGCCCAGAAGGAGGAGUACUUCAGGAGGAGAUUCAGUGAUGAAGAGCUGUGCAGCAGAAUCAUCUCACACAUCAAGACGUCCAGGAGCCUCCACAUCAUGUGUCAAAUCCCAGUCUUCUGCUGGAUCAGUGCUACAGUUCUGGAGCACAUGUUGACCACAGACCAGAAAGGAGAGCUGCCCAAGACCCUGACUGACCUGUACUCACACUUCCUGCUGGUUCAGACAAAGAGGAAGAACAACAAGUACGGUGAGGGACAUGAGACGACACAGCAGCUGACGGAGGCUGACAGGGACGUUCUCCUGAAGCUGGGGAGGCUGGCACUUAAACAUCUGGAGGAAGGAAACAUCAUGUUCUACCAAGAAGACCUGGAGCGAUGUGGUCUUAAUGUCCCAGAGGCCUCGGUGUACUCAGGAGUUUGUACUGAGAUCUUCAGAAGAGAGUGUGUGAUCUUCCAGAAAUCAGUCUACUGCUUUGUUCAUCUGAGCAUUCAGGAGUUUCUGGCUGCAGUCUACAUGUUCCACUGUUACACCAAGAGGAACACAGAAGAACUCAAGAACUUCUUGGGAAUAAAUAGGAACAGACACAGAACCUUCUCCCUGGAUGACCUCCUGAAGAGAACCAUGGAGAAAUCCCUCACCAGUACAAAUGGUCAUCUGGACCUGUUUGUUCGCUUCCUUCACGGCCUCAGUCUGGAGUCCAACCAGAGAGUCUUAGGAGGCCUGCUGGGUCGGACAGAGAACAAUCCAAAUAUCAUCCAGAGAGUCUUAGGAGGCCUGCUGGGUCGGAGAGGGAACAAUCCAGAGAUCAUCCAGAGAGUCAUCCAGAGAGUCAUCAACAACCUGAAGAAGAUGAAGAGUGAUGACAUUUCUCCUGACAGAAGCAUCAACAUCUUCCACUGUCUGACUGAGAUGAACGACCACUCAGUUCAUCAGCAGAUGAAACAGUUCCUGACGUCAGAGAACAGAUCAAAGGAGGAACUCUCUGAGAUCCACUGCUCAGCUCUGGCCUACAUGCUGCAGAUGUCAGAGGAGGUUCUGGAUGAGUUGGACCUGAAGAAGUUCAACACAUCAGACCAGGGUCGACGGAGACUGAUCCCAGCUGUGAGGAACUGCAGGAAGGCUCGACUCCAUGGUUGUCGACUCUCAGAGACUCACUGUGAAGUCGUGGCCUCAGCUCUGAAGUCAGACCCCUCACAUCUGAGAGAACUGGAUCUGAGUCACAACUGGCUGCAGGAUUCAGCAGUAAAGCUGCUGUGUUCUGGACUGGAGAGUCCAAACUGUCGACUGGAGACUCUGAGGUUGGAGGACUGCAGUCUGUCAGAGAUCAGCUGUUCUUCUCUGGCUUCAGCUCUGAGGUCAAACCCCUCUCAUCUGAGAGAACUGGAUCUGAGUAACAAUGACCUGCUGGACUCAGGAGUGAAGGAGCUGUGUGGUUUUCUACAGAGUUCAACCUGUCGACUGGAGACUCUGAGGUUGGAGUGGUGCAGACUGUCAGAGAUCAGCUGUUCUUCUCUGGCUUCAGCUCUGAGGUCAAACCCCUCUCAUCUGAGAGAACUGGAUCUGAGGGACAACAGGCUGAAGGACUCAGGAGUGAAGGAGCUGUUUGAUCUACAGCAGAGUCCAACCUGUCGACUGGAGACUCUGAGACUCGGUGGUUGUGACCUCUCAGAGACUCACUGUGAAGUCGUGGCCUCAGCUCUGAAGUCAGACCCCUCACAUCUGAGAGAACUGGAUCUGAGCUUCAACAAGCUACAGGACUCAGGAGUGAAGCUGCUGUGUUCUGGACUGGAGAGUCCAAACUGUCGACUGGAGACUCUGAGGCUGAGGUUCUGCAGUCUGUCAGAGAUCAGCUGUUCUUCUCUGGUUUCAGCUCUGAGGUCAAACCCCUCUCAUCUGAGAGAACUGGAUCUGAGCUGGAACAGGCUGCAGGACUCAGGAGUGAAGGAGCUGUGUGGUUUUCUACAGAGUCCAACAUGUCGACUGGAGACUCUGAGGUUGAGGAGCUGCAGUCUGUCAGAGAUCAGCUGUUCUUCUCUGGCUUCAGCUCUGAGGUCAAACCCCUCUCAUCUGAGAGAACUGGAUCUGAGCUACAACGACCUGCAGGACUCAGGAGUGAAGGAGCUGUUUGAUGUACAGAAGAGUCCAACCUGUCGACUGGAGACUCUGAGACUCGGUGGUUGUGACCUCUCAGAGACUCACUGUGAAGUCGUGGCCUCAGCUCUGAAGUCAGACCCCUCACAUCUGAGAGAACUGGAUCUGAGCUUCAACAAGCUGCAGGAUUCAGGAGUGAAGCUGCUGUGUUCUGGACUGGAGAGUCCAAACUGUCGACUGGAGACUCUGAGGUUGUAUCAGUGCAGUCUGUCAGAGAUCAGCUGUUCUUCUGUGGCUUCAGCUCUGAGGUCAAACCCCUCUCAUCUGAGAGAACUGGAUCUGAGGUACAACUACAACCUGAAGAACUCAGGAGUGAAGGAGCUGUGUGGUUUUCUACAGAGUCCAACCUGUCGACUGGAGACUCUGAGACUCGGUGGUUGUGAACUCUCAGAGACUCACUGUGAAGUCGUGGCCUCAGCUCUGAAGUCAGACCCCUCACAUCUGAGAGAACUGGAUCUGAGCCUCAACAAGCUGCAGGAUUCAGGAGUGAAGGAGCUGUGUUCUGGACUGGAGAGUCCAAACUGUCGACUGGAGACUCUGAGGUUGUAUCAGUGCAGUCUGUCAGAGAUCAGCUGUUCUUCUCUGGCUUCAGCUCUGAGGUCAAACCCCUCUCAUCUGAGAGAACUGGAUCUGAGGUACAACUACAACCUGCAGGACUCAGCAGUGAAGGAGCUGUGUGGUUUUCUACAGAGUCCAACCUGUCGACUGGAGACUCUGAGGUUGAGUCACUGCAGUCUGUCAGAGAUCAGCUGUUCUUCUCUGGCUUCAGCUCUGAGGUCAAACCCCUCUCAUCUGAGAGAACUGGAUCUGAGAAGAAACAGGCUGCAGGUCUCAGGAGUGAAGGAGCUGCUUGAUCUACAGCAGAGUCCAACCUGUCGACUGGAGAUUCUGAGGUGGAGGUCUAUGUGAAGGUGAGUGUGAAGAGGACAGUGUGAAGAGGACAGUGUGUGUGGACGGAGGCUGAGUUGUGUCCUGAGGAUCCAGAGGCUGAAGCAGCAGCAGCUUGUGUGUAGUCUCCAAUCUACACAACCCCUAAUCUGCAUGUGUCUGUGAGAUGAAGCCGGAGCACCUGGAGAAAACACGGGGAGAACAUGCAGACUCCACACAGGAAGACCCAUCUGAACCGGAUUCAAACCAGCAACCUUCGUGCCCCGAUUGUGUUUAUUCACAUGAAGAAUGUGUUUAUUGAAAUGACACAACACAAGCAGAAUAUAUAACCCCUCUAUAAAGAUUCACAUACAGUGUGUUUAAGUUUGUCUUUAUUAUUGUCCACCUUUGUCCCUCAGUGUGUCUCCAUGUGUGUAGAACCACAUUCUGUGUAGAUGUUUGUUUAUGAUCUUAAAGUUCCUGGAUUCACGUCACAAAUUGAUUUAGUUCCACACUAAGUUAAACACAUUGAAAUAAAUAUAUUGUAUAUAAAGAUAAUCAGUGACUGUAUAUAAAGACUGGGAGAAGAGUGAGGUUUUUUUAUGGGUCAGUGGAGCUCAGGGUCUGAGCCUGGUCUUCCUGGAAAUCUCUGGUCUGUACAGGUUCUAUGUUCAAUAGAGGAGGACGGUUCACUGGUCCUUCAUUUUUAAAUUCCA